AACCCAAUAGCCCAUCCAUUACUAUUACCAUUACACAUUGCAAGCAAGACUCGGCUUUCCCUUCUUACCACGUCACUCUGCACCAAACAGUCACUUGCAGCUUUUCACCUGUCUGCCUUCCCCAACUGUUUUUGACAUAAUCUAUUUUUGAACUUUUGACUUGUUCCUGCUCUCUCGAGCCCCUCUUGCGACUUUACUCCCGGCAACCGGCAGAUACCACACACUAUCACAAAUCAUGGCUGAUGAAACCGCCGCCUCGGCCGAGGAUUCGCCUAUCACCUUCACAAUUAAAUCGUCUAAUGAUGCCAAGUACACACUCACCCUUCCUCUGUCGACGACAGUGUCAGAUUUGAAGGAGAAGCUCGCAUCCUCGGAAUAUGCCGAUACCCCCGCAGAACGUCAGCGCCUGAUCUACUCUGGGCGAGUUUUGAAGGAUAACGAAACUCUGGCUACCUACAAGAUCAAGGAGGGACAUACCAUUCACCUGGUUAAGAGCGCUGCUAGUAAUCAACGUUCUGGUGCUGCCACCCAAAGUGCUUCAACAUCUGCGCCCACCGGUGCUGCCGCCAAUACCCCCGCCACCGGUGUUCCCACGAAUCUCGCAGCUGGCACGGGUAACAACCCCCUGGCCGGGUUGACGGGAGCAAGAUACGCUGGUUUUGCGCAACUUCCUGGUGCUGGGAUGUUCGGCCCAGAUGGCGGGAUGGGCCCCCCUCCGGAUACUGAAAUGAUGCUAAGCAUGCUUGAAAACCCUCAAUUCCAGUCUACCCUCAAUGAAGCACUGCAAAAUCCCGCAAUGAUCGAUAUGAUGAUUCAGCAGAACCCAAUGCUGCGCGACAUGGGCCCCGCGGCGCGACAGAUAUUCCAAUCUCCCGAGUUCCGUCGUAUGCUCACAGACCCUAACUCAAUCCGCCAGAUGGCUUCCAUGCAGAGAGCUAUGGGUGGUGGUGGACUGGGCGGUAGCGCUUUCCCCGCCCCUGGAGUUACGAACACAACCCCCGAAGAAAACCGUAACACUCAAAAUAACAACGGUAGCACACCCACCCCCAACGCCGCGUUCAAUCCGUUCAUGCCUACGGGCCUCGGUGCUGGUAAUCCCUUCGCUGCUUUGUUUGGCGGAAACCCUGCUUUUGGGGGAAUUCCGCCCAGCGCAGCCGGAAAUACCCAGUCGGGCUCUACCGGCUCUACAGAUGGAGCGCCUGAGGCCACCACUGGUAACAACACCAACAACAACACUACUACUCCGGGUGCGAAUCAGCAACAAACACCUCAGAAUCCUUUCAGUCUCCUUUUGAACCCUGCUUUGUUCGGAGGUCAGGGUGGGCAAGGUGGUCUGAAUCCCCUCGACCCGCAACAGAACCCUUUCCUCCGGGACCCCGCCAUGCUCCAGCAGAUCAUGCAAAACAUUGGCGGUGCACCAGGUAAUGCCGGUGCAACUGGCAGCAACCCCUUCGCAGCACUUUUCGGAGAAGGUUUUGGAGCUCCUGCCCCUCAGGACAACCGGUCUAUCGAAGAACGCUACGCUGAUCAGCUCCGACAACUCAACGAUAUGGGCUUCUAUGACUUUGAUCGGAACAUUGCAGCUCUGCGUCGGUCAGGCGGCAGUGUACAAGGAGCGGUGGAAUACCUGUUGAGCGGUUAAUGAGCUUUCUACCUUCAUCUUGAUGCGUGAACGGUCAUACAUCAUUCAUGUUUUUUGUUAAUUUCUCCUCCGUUUAUUCUUGAUUUGUGCGUUGCCUGCACUGUCUGAAACGUGGUUUGACAGUUUGAUAUUGGCGGAUUGGCGGUUCUUACGAUUUUUAUUACCCUUUCUGCAUGCUCUUUCGAGGCGAAGUGAGGUUGAAAUUGGCUUUGACGGCCUUUGUGUAUUAGCUAUCUUACAGUCUUACCUUGAAGAGCUUUGAUACUCUCAGCCGAGACAUUGAAGAAGAUAAUUUUUCUCU